CUGGGAGUGCUGAGUCGAACAUCCUCUCUGGCGUCCGUGGCGAUAGAAGCCGGUGGCUUCACUUCACCACAGUCCCGCUCACAACAGCGCACUGAGACUUAGGAGGAAGUGAACCAUUCACAGGGCUGAGCGACACUGUGGCUUUAGGGUGGACGUCUUCGGAGACCGAGAACUGCGUAGCUCAAAUCUCUCAAAGUAUUUCUAAAUCCAAGAGCCACGAUGGACCCGAGAGACACUGCCCCUGAUUCCUGGGAACAAGAGGACGAUGUGGAGGCCACAGUCAUCGACAGACAGCUGGAACCAGCGCUCGCAGCUCUAAAUGUCAACGCGAAGCCGUUUGUGCCCAACAUUAACGCCGCCGAGUUUGUCCCGUGUUUUACCGCGAAGCCUCACACGGAAGACCUCGAGCCCGCUGCCCCAGUGGAGAACGGGGACACAGAGAUGAUCACAGAAGAGCCGUGGGACCAGAAAGAGGCUGAGCCAAAUGAGGAGGAGCCAGGAGGUGGCUCCUGCGGUGACCGGGGGCCGGAAGUAACAACAGAGGACGCGGCUCCAGAGACUAUGGAAGAGGAAGAAGAAACGUCUGUGCCCAAGGUUCCACCAACGCAACCAGAUGCCCCCAAGAAGGAGCACAUCAAUGUAGUAUUCAUCGGACACGUAGAUGCUGGCAAAUCUACUAUUGGUGGACAAAUCAUGUAUCUCACAGGCAUGGUUGACAAGAGAACCUUAGAAAAGUACGAGAGAGAAGCAAAGGAAAAGAACCGAGAAACCUGGUAUCUGUCUUGGGCUUUGGACACCAACCAAGAAGAGAGGGACAAAGGCAAGACGGUGGAGGUGGGCCGAGCGUACUUUGAGACAGAAAAGAAGCACUUUACCAUCCUAGAUGCUCCUGGCCACAAAAGCUUUGUGCCCAACAUGAUCGGCGGGGCAUCGCAAGCAGAUCUGGCUGUUCUGGUCAUCUCUGCCAGGAAAGGCGAGUUUGAAACUGGUUUUGAGAAGGGUGGACAGACGCGGGAACACGCCAUGUUAGCCAAAACGGCCGGUGUCAAGCACCUGAUAGUUCUGGUAAAUAAAAUGGACGACCCCACAGUCAACUGGAGCCUUGAAAGGUAUGAAGAGUGUAAGGAGAAACUGGUGCCAUUUUUAAAGAAGGUGGGCUUCAACCCAAGGAAAGACAUUCACUUCAUGCCGUGCUCUGGGCUGACGGGAGCCAAUCUGAAGGAGCCCACUGACAUGUGCUCCUGGUAUAUAGGUUUACCUUUCAUUCCACACUUGGAUAGUUUGCCAAGUUUCAACAGAUCCACUGACGGCCCUGUCAGAUUGCCCAUUGUAGACAAAUACAAGGACAUGGGCACAGUGAUUCUGGGUAAACUAGAGUCGGGCUCCAUCAGUAAAGCACAGCAGCUGGUCAUGAUGCCAAACCGGCAUGUGGUGGAGGUGUUGAGUCUCCUCUCAGACGACGUGGAGACCGAUGACGCUGAUCCAGGCGAAAACCUCAAAUUGCGCCUGAAGGGCAUCGAGGAGGAGGAGAUCCUGCCGGGCUUUAUCCUGUGUAACGCUGAGAACCUCUGCCACUCGGGGCGCACCUUUGACGCCCAGAUCGUCAUCAUCGAACACAAAUCCAUCAUCUGUCCAGGUUACAACGCAGUGCUUCACAUUCACACCUGCAUUGAAGAAGUGCAAAUCACGGCCUUAAUCUGUCUAGUGGACAAGAAAUCAGGAGAGAAGAGUAAGACACGACCACGAUUUGUCAAACAGGACCAGGUCUGCAUCGCUCGUCUGCGUACUGCAGGGACCAUUUGCCUUGAGACCUUCAAAGACUUUCCUCAGAUGGGACGCUUUACCUUACGGGAUGAAGGUAAAACCAUUGCCAUCGGUAAGGUGCUGAAGCUGGUUGCUGAGCGGGACUGAAGAGGGCGCAGCCGGCCUGAGAGUCCUGGCGAGAAGGGAAAAAACGGUUGGAGCUCGGUCACAACCUCGCACCACACUGUUGUCAGCGGCGACGGCACCCCCACUGUCACGGCCCCUCCUCCUUUUCUGCGUGCCGAAGAUCAGCUUCAGAAAAUAACAACAACAAAAGAACUCGUGAUAAAGAAAAACCUGUUUUUAAAGCAAAUGACAAACCAAGAUGAAGUCCACACGAGUCAGCUUUCUCAUAUUGAGAGCUCAGCUAUGCCAUUUCUGGGUUAGCCCCGCCCUCCACCUCUCCCACCUCCCUACUCUGGUCUACACAUCAUGACAUCAUGUUUUUCUUUUUUCUUCUUUUUCUUUUGUCUUUCAUAAACGACAAACAGCAGAGGUUGUAUCUGUGUUGAACAGGUGUGGACCAUGAUUUUUGCGUGGAGUAGAACGAUGAUUUUUUCAGGAAUAAACUGCAAAAGAAAUUGUUUGAGAAACCGACCCAGUUUGAGACCAAAUGUUUGUUUCGGUUGUACCGUCGUCUCCCUUUGCUUUGACCCAGUUUUUGGUUUCUUGUGGCGUUCUGGCUCUGUGCUUGAGCGUGUUCAAAUGAUAUUAAAGCAUACAACCAUGAAAAUAAAAGAAGACAUUGGGAAAAUGGA